GGCUUUCUUACGAUGUUAUGGGAAUUACCCAACAAAAAAGGUUAUUAAUAAGAGCUAGACGCUUUUUGCGUCUGUUUUCUACAAAAAAAAAAAGUAAGAAAGAACACGAAAACUCUUCUCACAUCCUCCCAUAUCUCAGAUUCUCUCUCCGCUUCCAUUUCCCGACUUGCCCCUUUCUCUAUCUUCUCUUUUUUGGAAACAACAUGGGGGAAAGGAGAAAGAGACAACGGCGGCGAAUGACGCCCACGACAGUAAUGGCGGAGAGAUAGAAGGAAGGGGGGAAAAGACAGAGUCGGCCGGCGGCGAUGAGAGGUAGGUGUUUCUCGGGUUUGCAUGUCACAUUUUUUGAAUUUUCCAUAUCUAAUUUUUAUUUUUGUUUGGAAAUUUGGGGUUUCUAUUCGAGGAGAGGAGAAGGAGCAAGCUCUGGUGAUUUCAACGCCGAUGACGGCGCUAGUGUCGGGGAAAACGCCGACUGCGGCGGCGUGCAAUUAGGAAGUAAAGAAGGCAGGGGGAAUGGAAGGAAAAGAAGGCCUUCGGGCUCCCUGAGUUUCAUUGGUGGCGAGAAUGACGACGAAGGUUAAAUCUCCUUUUGCCAAGAAGAAAAGGAGAAGAAGCUGAGAUUUUGAAGAGGGAUUGUGUUAUGUUCUUGGUGUUGUCUGUUUGUGGGUUUGAGCCAGAAGAAGAAGAAAGAGCAAGGGCCAGAAGAAGAAGAAAGAGCAAGUAAGAAGAAAAUAGGGUUUACUUUCAUGGACCCGAAAGUCCAUACAAAACUGGAGAAGAAGGAGAAGAAAGAAUAGUGAGCAGAGACGUGGGAAAGAAGAAAAAGGCUCCCUCUUCUCUGUACCCCAAAGCUCUCUUUUAUAAUAGAGAUACACACUAUAGCUUAGACUUGUGGUGUAAUUUGAUUGGCUUUGAGGGUAGUAGUCUUUCUGUACUUUUCUGAUUGGUUUUUUUUAGUUAGUAGACCCUAUGUUGGAUUGGGCUUGGUAGGAGUUGAUUUUGGGUUUUGACUUAUGUUGACUAGGUUUGACCAGUUGACUUUGGCCUUUGACCUGGAUUGGUCCCUAACUUGUAGACUGGCAUUGACCGUGGGCUUUGGGUUUGACUUGACCCCAAUUUUUGUAGACAAGAUUUGACUAGUUGACUUUGGGCUUGAUCUAGG